CGUCAUGUCCUUUGGCAGAGACAUGGAGCUGGAGCACUUUGAUGAGCGGGAUAAGGCACAGAGAUACAGCAGAGGGUCACGGGUGAAUGGGCUGCCCAGCCCCACACAUAGCGCCCACUGCAGCUUUUACAGAACCCGCACGCUGCAGACGCUCAGCUCUGAGAAGAAGGCCAAGAAAGUUCGUUUCUAUCGCAAUGGAGAUCGGUACUUUAAAGGGAUUGUGUAUGCCAUCUCCCCAGACCGGUUCCGAUCUUUUGAUGCCCUGCUGGCGGAUUUGACCCGAACUCUGUCGGAUAAUGUGAAUUUGCCCCAGGGAGUGAGAACAAUCUACACCAUUGAUGGGCUCAAGAAGAUUUCCAACCUGGACCAGCUGGUGGAAGGAGAGAGUUAUGUGUGUGGCUCAAUAGAGCCCUUCAAGAAACUGGAGUACACCAAGAAUGUGAACCCCAACUGGUCUGUGAAUGUCAAAACCACCUCAGCAUCCCGGGCAGUGUCAUCGCUGGCUACUGCCAAAGGGAGCCCUUCGGAGGCACGGGAGAAUAAAGAUUUCAUUCGGCCCAAACUUGUCACCAUCAUCAGAAGUGGGGUGAAGCCACGGAAAGCAGUCCGAAUUCUGCUGAACAAGAAAACUGCUCAUUCCUUUGAGCAGGUUCUCACUGAUAUAACUGAUGCCAUCAAGCUGGACUCAGGAGUGGUAAAACGCCUGUACACUCUGGAUGGUAAACAGGUGAUGUGCCUUCAGGACUUUUUUGGUGACGAUGACAUUUUUAUUGCAUGUGGACCAGAGAAGUUCCGUUACCAGGAUGAUUUCUUGCUAGAUGAAAGUGAAUGCCGAGUGGUGAAGUCCACUUCUUACACCAAAAUAGCUUCGUCAUCCCGCAGGAGCACCACCAAGAGCCCGGGACCUUCCAGGCGCAGCAAGUCGCCAGCAUCAACCAGCUCAGUUAAUGGGACCCCUGGUAGUCAGCUCUCCACUCCACGGUCUGGCAAGUCACCAAGUCCAUCACCCACCAGCCCAGGAAGCCUUCGGAAGCAGAGGAGCUCUCAGCAUGGCGGUUCCUCUACUUCACUUGCGUCCACCAAAGUAUGCAGCUCGAUGGAUGAGAAUGAUGGACCCGGAGAAGCGGUGUCCGAGGAAGGGUUCCAGAUUCCAGCCACAAUAACGGAACGAUAUAAAGUCGGAAGGACAAUAGGAGAUGGCAAUUUUGCUGUUGUCAAGGAAUGUGUAGAAAGGUCAACUGCUAGGGAGUAUGCUCUGAAAAUUAUCAAGAAAAGCAAAUGUCGAGGCAAAGAGCACAUGAUCCAGAGUGAGGUGUCUAUCUUAAGAAGAGUGAAGCAUCCCAAUAUUGUUCUUCUGAUUGAAGAGAUGGAUGUGCCAACUGAACUGUAUCUUGUUAUGGAAUUGGUAAAGGGUGGAGACCUCUUUGAUGCCAUCACUUCCACGAACAAAUACACUGAGCGAGACGCCAGCGGGAUGCUGUACAACCUGGCCAGUGCUAUCAAAUACCUGCACAGCCUGAACAUCGUCCACCGUGACAUCAAGCCCGAGAACCUGCUGGUGUAUGAACACCAAGAUGGCAGCAAAUCACUGAAGCUGGGUGACUUUGGACUGGCCACCAUUGUGGAUGGCCCCCUGUACACAGUCUGUGGUACCCCAACAUACGUGGCUCCAGAAAUCAUUGCAGAGACUGGAUAUGGCCUCAAGGUAGACAUCUGGGCAGCUGGUGUGAUCACGUAUAUCCUGCUGUGUGGCUUUCCUCCGUUUCGUGGAAGUGGUGAUGACCAGGAGGUGCUUUUUGACCAGAUUUUGAUGGGACAAGUGGACUUUCCUUCUCCCUACUGGGAUAAUGUUUCUGAUUCUGCAAAGGAGCUUAUCACCAUGAUGCUGUUGGUCAAUGUUGAUCAGCGAUUUUCAGCCAUGCAGGUCCUUGAGCAUCCCUGGGUAAAUGAUGACAGCCUCCCAGAAAAUGAACAUCAGCUGUCAGUAGCCGGAAAGAUAAAGAAGCAUUUCAACACGGGCCCCAAGCCGAACAGCACAGCAGCGGGAGUUUCUGUCAUAGCAACCACCGCUCUUGAUAAGGAGAGGCAGGUUUUCCGACGAAGAUGCAACCAGGAUGUGAGGAGCCGAUACAAGGCACAGCCAGCUCCGCCUGAAUUCAACUCGGAAUCUGAAGACUACUCCCCAAGCUCAUCCGAGACUGUUCGCUCCCCAAACUCGCCCUUUUAAUGAGACCCUUUUACUCAAACUUCUAGCUUAACCCUUUGAGACUCUCUGAUUCCCCCCCGCCCCCCAAAAUUAUGUAAAACAGUUUCAUCUGAUCUAUCUAGCACUCAGAAACAGAA